AUGGAUGGGUGGACUCCCUUUCGCGUCAAACCCAGUGUGCAGUCUGCAGAUGCAUCCACAGACUGUUCAAACCUCCGCGCAGAGCUGCUCCAUAGCGCAGUCCUCAGGCGCAGACAGAGCUCAUCCCUCCCGCCCAGAGCACGCCACACACCGGGAGCACAGAACCGGAAGAACCGCGGCUGGAUUCUCCUGCGGACCGGGUGGGACCGCUUCGACCCCGUAAGUGCAAACGCCUAG